UACAUGUGUGCAAUAUAUAAGUAUCACUGUGCUCUUUAUUGGCCUAGUAUAUGUCACACUACCGUCGCGAAAGUGCGGUGUAUCAGUUCGAUCGAGGAAAAUUCAUUCGUACGAAUCAACGAGUUUCUUCAAUGUAGUCUGAGAGCUACUUGCUUGAUCGUUUACUCUUCCAGCCGCUUCAUUUGGACACCGGAUCCUUCCACACCCGCCUAUCGGCAAGAAUCAUCUAAGAAAGGGGUGGCAGACAUUUUUUGAAUUACAAAAAAAUAAGAAAUACCUAGAAAUAUUACGCGAAGGUGUAGAAGAAAUCCAAAGUUAAAGAAAUGACAACUGGUGCGACCUAAGUAGCACACUGAUGUUAUCAAACGUCGAAAUGGCGUUAUUUUGACAUCUAAUAAUGUCAUAUUUGAUGUCGAAAUGACAUAACUUGCUACGUGGCUAAUUAAUCAGAUAGUGUAUAAACAAUUAACGUAAACGUAAAUUCAAAAGUGACAUUUGGAACUGAAGAUCCAACCCACUAUGAACAUAUGCGUGAAGAUAAACUCGUGGUGAUUGAAUCGGUAAAAAGGUUCCUUCGAAAUCUUCGAUUCUUGACGUCUAAUGAUGUCAUUUGAUGUUAAAAUGACGUAUACUUACUAUGUGACUAAUUAAUCAGAUAGUGUAUAAACAAUCGACGUAAUCGUGAAUCCAAUAAUGACAUUUGAAACUGAAGAUCCAACCCACUAUGUUCCGAUGCGUGAAGAUGAAUUCGUGGCGAUUGAAUCCAAAAUUCCUUCGAAAUCUUCGAUUCUUCUCUCGUGAGCACAACCUAACCGAAGAUCCAGCAGCGAAAACAUCUAUCUCUGACCACUAAUAUUUCUUCGAGCUAGAUUGAAUCCUGACCCGUUCAUAAUUAAAUCUUUAACCAAUCGAGGCCAUUGGCAAGCUGUCCCGCGCCAUCGACGCUGAUCGAUGUUGGUUUUCUUGCGAUUAACCAUCGGAGGAAGAGUGUCGGAUGCGAAUAUCCUGGGGACGACCUCGUGAAAGUAUCAGAUCUCAUUCUAGAAUGAUCUACUUUAGGAACGAAAUACUCUUUUCGACAGUGUUUCGGCGUGCGAAUUAAUGGAGUAAUCGUUUGAACAGUUAUUUUGAAAAGUUAUUCUUGAAAGAAAGGAAGGAAAUAUGUUAUUCGAUACAGCAACACUACGAACACUGUUCGCCGGAAGUCUUCUCAUCUACCUCUGCGUAUCUUGAAAGAAACUCGAAGAGAUCAAUAAUGGACGAUAACAAGCUGCAACUAGACGAUGACAGUCAUCAGCACAACCAUAGCCGAAGGCGUAGCAGCUGGGGCGCCUUUCCUCAUCCCGAUGACAACAGCCCAGUCGAGUAUCAUCACGAGGAAAGGUCAAGCGUUUCGGGGAACACCAACUCUCGCGCGUCAUCAGCGAAAUCGUCGAGAAAUGGGUCUCGCAGCGCUCCAAAAUCACCGGAAUGUGCUAAUCUGUCCGUUCACUCGACCAGGGAGAUCGUCUACGAGCUCGACAAAAAUGGCGGUCUCUCGUGCGGAGGAACACCGGCGAGCAUCAAAAGGAAAUUGUCCAGGGCCAGCGUGAUCCAUCCCUCCGGAACGACCCUGAUCGCGCAGGAUGCCUUCGGUCCUAAGCUCACGGCACCCGCCACCCCGGAAAUUAACCCCUCGUUACCAGACACGCCGGUGUCGCUGGAUUUUAUCGAGAAUACCGGAAAUUCAUUGCCGCCAAAGGAAGGAGAAAUAGGGAUCGAUUCCGAGACACUUUAUUUUCGUGAUGGUCAUCGGAGAAUCGAUAUGGUAUUAGUCUACCAAGAAGAAAAUGAAGGAGUCAUGACUGAAAUAGAAGCUCGUCGGCGAGAACAGAGAAAAGUUUUUCAACAAAAUCUGUUGAGGGAAGGACUGCAACUGGAGCUAGAACCAAAAGCGAAUUCGUUUGAUGGAAAAACAUAUUUCUUAAAGUUACAUAUACCUUGGAAAAUAAAGGUGCAAUACGCGGAAGUGAUGAAUCUGAAACUACCCACAAAGAGAUUCAAGACCAUUCCUAUGAAGACUUGGGAUGCAGACGGUGCCAAAGGAACAUCAAAAUUCUUAGGCAGAUGGAGUCGAUGCCUCCAGUGGAUACGUGAAAUACAUACUUGGGACAAGACGAAAUAUCCCCAGGAACCGAAUUUUUACGACUAUAUAGAUUCCGGCGAUCUCGAGGAGAGGUUCAUUGUAAAGGAGAGAGAUAAUGCUUACACACCUGCUCAGAGAUCAUUGAUAGUGAUGCAAAUAUUAUUACGAGCGAGAUACGACGAAACCAAUGAGAAGUCUGGCAUUCGCAGGCUGCUAGCAGAUGGAACCUAUCUCGAUUGCUUCUCCUUGCACGAAGGUCCUUACAAUAAACCCAUGCCCAAUGGAGACAUUCUCGACAGAUACCUGUUGUAUCUGAUAUGGGCAAGACCCUCGCAAUGGUAUAAGAAACAACCCUUAUGGUUGAUAAGACGAUACUUCGGCGAGAAAGUUGCCCUUUACUUCGCCUGGCUAGGAUUUUACACGAAAUGCUUAUAUCCGCCGGCGGUGGUGGGACUCUUGUGCUUCGUUUAUGGCCUCGGAAGCAUGGAUGGCGAGGACAACGUACCUAGCAAAGAGAUUUGCGACCCUAAUAUAGCUGGAAAUAUCACUCUAUGUCCUCUUUGUGAUAAAGCGUGUGCUUAUCAGAUACUCGGUGAUUCCUGUAUAUUUUCGAAAUUGACUUAUCUAUUCGAUAAUCCCGCAACUGUCUUCUUCGCUAUUUUUAUGUCUUUCUGGGCUACUACGUUUCUUGAGCUUUGGAAACGACGACAAGCCGUGAUUGUUUGGGAAUGGGAUCUCCAGAAUACCGAUUACGACGAAGAGCCCAGACCCGAAUUCGAAACAUCCGUGAAAACGUUCCGAACAAAUCCCGUUACAAAGGAAAGAGAACCAUAUUUACCCGUGUAUUCUAAAGCCAUACGAUAUUUGGCUACAGGCUCGAUGGUGUUUUUUAUGAUAUGCGUAGUUCUUGGAGCGGUCUUAGGGACGAUCGUAUACCGUAUUUCGUUGGUCGCUGUCUUUUACGGCGGCGGUGGUUCUUUCCUACAGAGACACGCGAAGAUAUUCACCUCAGUAACCGCUGCCCUCAUUAAUCUGGUGAUAAUAAUGAUACUCACACGGAUAUAUCACCGAUUGGCGCUAUGGAUGGUCAAUAUGGAGAAUCCGAGGACGCAAACUGAAUACGAAGCCAGUUAUACGUUCAAGAUCUUUCUAUUCGAGUUCGUCAACUUUUAUUCCUCCUUGAUUUACAUCGCUUUUUUCAAAGGAAGAUUUUUCGUCCAUCCUGGCGACGCGGACGCGAGAGCCUCGGAGUUUUAUCGCAUCAAGACAGACGUAUGCGAUCCCGCUGGUUGCCUCUCGGAGGUCUGCAUUCAACUUGCGAUUAUAAUGAUCGGUAAGCAGUGCUUCAAUAACUUCGUCGAGAUUCUAUCGCCGAAAUUAUGGAAUUGGUGGCGCAAGAGAACACAAGUUGCCGCGACGAAGGAUCACGAUAGAAGAUAUACUUCUUGGGAGAAAAAUUAUCAGCUCCAAGAUCCGGGAAGACUAGCUUUGUUCGAUGAAUAUUUAGAAAUGAUUUUGCAGUACGGAUUUGUAACAUUGUUCGUCGCAGCGUUUCCAUUGGCACCUUUAUUCGCUUUAUUAAAUAAUAUCGCCGAGAUAAGACUGGAUGCAUACAAAAUGGUGAAGGAAGCAAGACGACCUUUGGCCGAACGAGUAGAAGAUAUCGGCGCCUGGUUUGGUAUUCUCAGGGGUGUUACUUACGUAGCGGUAGUAUCAAAUGCCUUUGUUAUUGCGUAUACCUCCGAUUUUAUUCCACGAAGUGUGUACGCAUUCGUUUACUCACCCACUGAGGACCUAGUGGGUUACAUCGACAGCUCCUUAGCAGAAUUCAAUACUUCCGAUUAUCGCGAGGAUAUGAAAAGCGACGUGGAGGACCAACAUCCUGAGACAUGUCAAUAUAGAGGCUACAGAAACGGUCCGAAUGAUCCCAAAGAACCUUACGGGCUCAGUCCGCAAUACUGGCACGUCUUCGCCGCACGUUUGGCCUUCGUCGUUGUUUUCGAACACGUUGUUUUUGCACUCACCGGUAUUAUGAGUUAUGUUAUACCAGCCGUGCCGCAUUCUCUGUCGACUCAGUUACAACGCGAACGGCUGAUCGCACAGGAGGAGAAAUACGAUAAGGAGAUAAAGGGAAAGGAGGACGAGGAUGAUUUGAUUUCGGUUUUGAGAGAAGCCGGUAGCAUCGGCAGAGGAAGCUGGGCCAGACGGUUCAGCAAACUGAGCGACGUUCUGGAUGUUCACGGUGACAACAUUAGACAUAGCAGACGCAGCGAUAGCACCGUAUGGGAAGUCCCGUAGUGACUCUCGAGAGCAGAGGAGAGAGCUGUAACUCUGUUAUAUACAUGCAUUCCAUUCGUAAUGUUCGAUUACGUAAGAUGAUAAUAAAAGAUCUGUAAUUCAAAAGUUAAUAAACUGACAUGUUUUUCAAUA